UUCUUAAGCACUAGAAAUACCUCAUUCCCUUUAGAAGGGGACAGCAGCUAUAGCCACAAUCAUGAGAACUCCAGGUAUCCUGAUAUUCGGCUUGGUCUUGGCACCCUGUGGAUGGAUCCUGAACCUGACCAGCACUGUUGCGCCCAACUGGCGCACCAUCCACUCCCUUACUGAUGAACCUCAAGACUUGGUGGUGGAGCAGGGAAUCUGGGACAUCUGCAGGACUUUUACAACGUCAAGAGCACAACAGUGUAACCAACGAAGCAAUGACCAAACAUAUUUUGACCAUCAGAUUAUUUCUGUUGCUCAAGGCAUGAUGGUCGCAUCCUUGAUCGUGACCGCAGUCGGUUUGGCUGUGGCAACACCUGGAGUCAGAUGCUGGAGGGACAAUCCCAGAUGGAUGCUGGCUUCUCUUGGCGGUCUCCUUAUUUCCUGCUCCGGGCUCCUGACCAUCAUCCCAAUUGCAUGGUACACCCAUGUUUUGACAAGCAUCAACUCCGUCUCGGUAAAAAGAGACCCAGCAAAAGCAGAUGAUAUUCGUGUAGGAUACUGCAUCGUUUUGGGCUACAUUGGGGGCAUCAUGGAGGUCCUUGGGGGAUUUGUGAUGUUCCUUGGGAUAUGCUCCUGCUGCGGAGGUCGGAACCGUGGAGAAAAGCCUCAAACCAACACAGGCAGAGCAACAUUUAAACCAACACCUAUACCAAGGGUCAACAUACCAAGUAACUAUGAUUCAAGUAGUGAAGGAAGCAGUAUACCAUACUCUAUAAAGUCAGUGGAUGACGACCUGGACUUCCCAAGAGCUAAACCUCGAGACAUAGGGACAAUUAACAAAUCAUACACUGGCAGGCCUUAUGACGCUGAUCUGUGAAAUUCUACAUUUUAUGAUGACUUACAUUACAUUAACAAAAACUGUGAAGACCUCAUGGCAGUUUGAACACUUUGAAGGAAUUCACUUGCUACAAAAUUUGUUAAACAAGUCAUACUCUUGGAAAUAUGAUGAAUGUUGACAGCAGUCAUUUAUUGAACUUGCCAUUUAUGGUGAAAGGUGGAAUUUCCUCAAAAAACAUGAAGAUUCUAAAUUUGCCAUUUAAAAUGACCUUAACAUAUCCUUCUGUUAAGAUGAACAUAAAUUGCUUUAUCUGUAAGAAGUUACUUCAAUUACUUUAUACGGACUAAACUAUGAAAGCAAUAAACUGUGCGAAAUUUCUUUUGAUGUGUAAAUACAACUUUUAACUUGAAUACUAAAAUUAAAUACGGCCUUUAAAGUCAUAGGGAUUUUAGGACUGAACUUCUGUGAUGUGGAAGAACCAGUAAAACAGGUUGAUCACGUUCUUUCUGGAAGCCUCUCAAUGUGGGAGAUAUUUGAAUUGCCAAGUGAUCCAUUAGUCAUGUGAAGGAAACUCGAUAAACAAAGAAUGUCGCUUUUGCUCUACAAGGAUUAUGUGGCACAGUUUAUUAUUUAAAUCAAUACAUUCCGUACAUUCAUUUUACCUUUAGGCCCAUUUAUAUGAACACAAUCAGUCUUUUUUUAUUUAAAAUGUUUAGGAUAUACUGCAAAAUGCCUUCAAUCAGGAUUCAGGAAUGAUUAAAUUAGUCUGUAUUCAGAUAGAACUUGGACAAAAAUUGAAGUUGUUGAAUCUUCAACUUAAUAAAUGUAAGUUUAAAACCA